AUGAGACUCAACGCUAUCAUCCUCGUUAUCACCGGCCUCCUGGCUUUUGCAAGCGCAAAAUAUUACGGCAAGGACAAUCGGAGCCCUUGCGAAAAACAAGGCUGUUUCUUGCCCACGCAAAAUUGCGUCAAAGCUUGCGAUCGGGGUACUCAAUGCCAGGAGUAUUGCGAAUGUUACACACAAGAAGAUCCAAUGCCCGAGUGUCGCACAAACGGAUGUCUCUCAGCUCCUCAGGGUUGCGAGAAGUUCAACACCAAGCGCGGUCUCGACUUCAAGCACGGUAUCAAUCUCAAGCGCGACACCGAUCAAGUUGCACCAGACUACGCUGACCAAGCCGCUCCCAAAAAUAUUGAUUACAACAAAGACGCUCUAGAGUACGACAACGCUACUGCCAAGGCUGAUGACAAUACAUGCGUAGCACAGGGUUGCGACGCCGGCUUGCCGUAUUGCCUCGAGCAGUGCGGGUCAGGUCCCCAUUGUGAGGGUUAUUGUGCGUGUUACUUGCACUCGAACCUAAAGUCGAUCUGUCGCCAACAGGGAUGCGUCGAGGCUCCUCAAGACUGCGAUAAAUGGGAGUUCACUGAACGCGACACGGCUCAUUCUGGUCCCGAGACAGCUGAGUUCGACAGCAUUGCCACGGGUGACCAACAGUCCCCACCAAUUGACCAUUGCCAAGUCUGUCGGGCCGCUAUCUACACCUGUCAACAGAACUGCCGCGGUGACAAGCCUUGCGAGGCAACAUGCAAUUGCCCUGUUACCGAAUGGGACAGCUGUCACAAGUGUGCGUCUACCAGCUGUUCUACCACUAUUCAGGUGGCAACGUCCGACGACGUCACGGCAGAUUCACCACCAAUCGACCACUGUCAAGUCUGCCGGGCCGCCGUUUACGCUUGUCAGCAGAACUGCAAUGGCGACCAGGCUUGCAAGGCAUCGUGUCUAUGUCCUAGGACCGAGAGGGAUAGCUGCGGCAAGUGCCAGUCCGCCGAUUGUCCAAGCACUUAG